AGGAAGAAGAGUCCUCUUCCGUCUGUAGGCAGUAAAGAGCUGAGAAAAGACUACACUUCAGAGGAGUAAUCAUGCCGAUGUUUGAGGUGAACACCAACGUGGCCAAGAGCGAGGUACCGGUGGCUCUGCUGUCCGAGGUGACCGAGGAGCUGGCCAAAGCCAUGGGCAAACCUGCAGAGAAAAUUGCUGUGAACAUCAACUCUGAUCAAAUGAUGAUGUUUGGAGGAAAGGGAGACCCCUGCGCAGUCUGCUCCCUUCACAGUAUCGGCAAGAUAGGCAGUGAUUACAACAAGCAGUACUCUAAGCUCCUGUGUGGACUGCUCAACAAACACCUGGGCAUCUCUCCCGACAGGAUUUACGUUAACUUCGUAGACGUGGAAGCAGUGAAUGUGGCCCGGAACAGCACUACCAUCGGAUGAGAAGGAGGAUUAACCCACUAAAAUAGAAGAUCAUUUCAGUAUUUUCCUGUAUUAGCGUAGUUGAAACAGACAGUGACGUGAAGAUGCAAAGACACCUGGUAAUUAAAUGGCCAAUGGCAAACCUCUAAGCACUUAGCUGGACCAUUUAGUCGAGCGCUGAUCCUUUUUUCUAUUAAAGUGCAAUAAAGAAAACUCUGCAGACCAAGAA